GCGCCGCUGUCGCAGCAGCAGCAGUGUUACAUUUUGAUGGAGAUCACAUACACUGGCUUAGUUUCGUCGUUUUAUUCGUGCUGCCAAGAGUCUCAUGUAAAUCUGGGGCAGCGUUGCUACCAACAAGCAAAAUAUGCAAUCAAGUAUCCGUUGUAUUUCCAGCCGAAUAGGCAGCAGUGUUAGCAUCGUGGUAGCUAUGUAGGUAAUGUUAGCUGGGACGCUUGGACAAAAAUAGCCAGCCCCAAAGGAAACGGCAGUCUGGUCGGGUGUUUGAACCUGCUUUGUGUACAGUAAUCUGCUAGUUUGCAGUUUCUCUGGAAUGCAUCUCUCCAAGAAAUGUUCCGCCUUCAAAGUAGUGCUCAGUGCUCUGCUGAUCGUGGCGCUCCUGCAGCUCAUAUACCUGUCCUUCUUGUCCAAGUUUCACGGUAAGCAGCAGCGGUACAGGUACUCUGAGCUCUUUGGGGGCUCUGGGGCCAAGAAGAAUGGUCACCCCGAGAAAAACUCGCGGAAGGAGCGUCUGAGGUAUUCGCUGUCCACUGGUGGGAUCUUUGACAACAGCGGUCAGUACCGGGUGUACAAGAACUUGAUCAAAAGUGAUUUCACCACAAAUCACAAACCAGGAUCCGAACCAAGCUCCAAUGUCCUGGCUUUAGCUUCACACACAACCAUCAACAACCUGCAUCAACUGGAGUCUCUUCUGGAAAGAUGGCAUAACCCUCUCUCUCUGGCCAUAUUCGCACAUGGGCAAGAUGUCAAGUUUGCCACAGCUCUGGUGUAUGCACUCAGCUUCUUCUGCCCUCAGAUCCAGUCCCUGGUGGACUUCCACUUGGUCUGCCUCUCAGGAGAGAUGGCCAGCUUCCCUGAACAGGACCGUGAGCAUUUUGCAGGGCUUGAAGACUGUCCCUCUGUGUUCUCCAGAUUGGAGACCCACAGGGAUAAAUACAAGAACUAUGCCAUCAGUGGAAACAUCUCCUAUCCCAACAACCUUCUCCGCAAUGUAGCCCGAGGUGGCACAGAGUCCACCUACAUCCUGGUCAUUGAUAUCGACAUGAUGCCGAGCGCCGACCUGCACCAGCAGUUCCUGUCCAUGAUCAUGAAGCGCGAGGCAGCAAGUGAUGAGGUAUUUGUCUUACCUGCCUUCGAGAUCCGCCAUGCGCGGAAGAUGCCAGCCACCAAGGCAGAGUUGGUUCAGCUCUACCAGGUGGGCGAGGUCCGGCCGUUUUAUGAAGAGCUGUGUCCUCGCUGUCAAGCCCCCACCAACUACUCGCAGUGGGUUAACAGCCACGUUAGAGAGACGGGCACCCUGGAAGUGGCCUACACGCUCACCUGGGUGGACCCCUGGGAGCCUUUCUACAUCGGGCCCCGCACUGUGCCGCUCUAUGACGAGAGUUUCAAGCAAUACGGCUUCAAUCGAAUCAGCCAGACCUGCGAGCUCCACGUGGCUGGGUACAGGUUCUCGGUGCUGAGCUCAGCCUUCGUGGUCCAUCGGGGCUUCAAGAUCCAGGGGGAAUUCCACGCCAGGAAGGAAGAGGAGAACAAACGCAACCGGGUUCUAUUUCGCAGCUUCAAAGAAGGCCUGAAGACCAAAUACCCAUCCUCUAACCGACGAUGCUGAAACAAGAUGAGGACUCUGUCUGUCUCUAAUGAAAUCAGUCUCCUGCUGAAAUGACGUACAUUUUUCUUAUUUUAACCAGAUUUAGCUUCCAGUCAGGCUCUCCCUGCCCAAAACGCCCUGGUUUUCGUGUGGUGAUGGCACAGUAGGAGUUUAAUCCAACUUCCUCUUGGGUUUAUUUCAAGACCCUGUUAAAGUGAGCAGCAGGGAACGGUUCUCUGAGGAUUUCUGAGAGCGUCCUGCUAGUUGGGACUGAAAAGAAGAAAUGAUCAUAAAAGACUGGAAAAAACUGCUAGCAACCCGUGAGAUUGCCAUUUGUUUUUAAAUCAAAAGCAAAUCUAAAAUCCAGAUUUGUAAAUUACUUUAAUAUUAAAGCAUAUGAGGUAGGUUUUCUAUUUUUAAAACAUUUUUGAGCUUCUCCAGAUACACAAACGUGUUACUACAUGAGUCUCUGAGAGAGAUCGUAAAAAAAAAGUCCCAAUUUCAUGUAUGUGACAUGUAGUUUAAGGUUUGACAUUUCAUGACAGCUGAUCAAAGAUUCCUAAAAGUCCAACUGAAAUCACGUUUAGUCGUCCCAUUGUGCAGUCAGCGUUGUGUCAAAACUUAUAUUUAAUCGUUUGGUUUUUUUUAUCAAAAGGAAGAAAAUCAGGGUGUUUCUUUUACGAAGGUAGAAUCGUGACGUUACAGCUUUAUGCAAAGUUUGAAAUGAAACAAUAUGAUUGGCUGUAUAAUGAAACAAGUCCUUCUGCAUACAUACAGAACUAACACCCUUCUGACCGGCUACUGCCACAAUUGUGAAACCAAAUAUAAGAUGUACAUUUCUUUUUUCUGGUGAACACGUGAUUUGCAGGGGAGACAAACCCAUGAUUUCAGUUGUCACUUCAGUUCUGGCAGGCAGGGGGGUCCACAAAAGUCUGGGCUGGUUCCAAACAUUGUGUCUGAUAUUUUCAACUAUUCAACAACAAUAAUGAAGCAAAACAUGAUUGCAAUCAGGUUAACUGCAAACCCAGUUUGAUCCCAAGUGGAUCACUUUUCAGUUCUUUUGAAUGUUGUGCCAAUUAGUGAUGCGACCACCAGGUGGCAGCGGGCGCUUGAGUGUUAAGUGCUGUGAUGCACUAUUGUGCUUUAGCCUGAAGCAGAGCAGCGCGGAUGUCUGCGCCACGGCUGUCAGCACAUGUCAGACAUUUCCAGUACCCUGCGAGCGCUCGUAUACCACCGCACACUAUCUGAAGAGAUUACUCAGAAGUUGAGAGGAGGACAACACACUUGGAAAUUUUACACAGGACAUUGUAUGACGCCAUAAGUUCACCAAGACUGUGUGAAGCUACUGUAUUAUAACACUGAGGACCUGACAGCUGUUAGAUGAUGUAGAGUUGGGGAAGUAGAGGAUUACAGGUGGGCUACAGGUAGAAAUAAUGCACAUAGUAAAUACUGCACAAUCAAAAUGUAAACCACCAACAACAACAGCCUGUGUUGUCAAAAGGAUUACUGUGGAAAUGUUCAUCUUAACACCACUAGGAAAUAGCAAAUAACUGAUCUUACACUUAUUCUGUAACCUACAGCUACAUACAGUAUUAAACCUUAACUACCACUCUUCUUGUGCAAAGGAUGCAUACACAAACUUGUGUUUUAAGUGUUAAGUUGUUAUGUGAUUUCGGAGAGAUUGAAAUAAUCCUUCCUCACUUUUAGUGUUUAUGAGAUGUAUUUAUUGUGUAAAUGUUUUCCUUUAACUGGAAUUGGUUGAACCAUUUUUUUAAUAUUUUUUUUCCCCCAAGCAGGAAAACUGUAGCACAAAACUGAAAUAUUUGCUAUGAAGCAUUUUUAUCAUGGAGACCACUAUGAAAUCAAUUUUAUCCUGUAUUUUUGGAGUUAAAUCAAUUUCAUCAAAUUACCUUAUGUGAUGACGUAGUGUGGUGCUUUAUUUUGUGUAUUUAUCUGUUUUUUUUGUUGUUGGAAUUUCUAUUAAACCAAUUGGAUGACUUUUAUUUCA